AUGGAAAACCUCCUCUACUAUGGCAUUGCGUUUUGGCAGACACACAGAACCGAAGACGAUUGCGAGUUAGCGAUUCGAACCAGUAAUGGACGGGUCUUCUAUUGCAGAUUUGAUCCGUCUCAAUUUCAUCGCUCCCCGAGCACGACUAAGUUGUACUUCAAAUGCCUAAAUACGUUGCGCUCCGAGGAAGAAGAAAUAGACGGUUUCUACGUCGAAGAUGCACGUCCAACUAUCUCUCAAUAUCUUUUCGCGCUUUAUUUUGUGUGCGCUCUCAAGGCGACCGAUGACACACCCGAACCGUACCAACUCGACACCCAAGACAGCGGCUGGAGCACCCCCAAGACUCGCAUGAACGGCGCUUUCGUGGCCAGUCUGGACCAGUGGACUCAGUCGUAUCAUCCGGCCGAUGUCGAGAUAUCGUACGAUCGCCCCCAACAUGUCUCGAUUAAAGACCCAACACGAGUCGUCGUCGCGGGUCCCGGCGGCAGCGAAGUAACAUGCUUCUUCAAGCCUUUCAGGCUCACUUUUGGCCCAGUUCUUGCCAGGAAGGAACUCCGAACCCACGAAGAAAUUGUAAAGGCGAAGAUACCCCCUUUCCCAGAGACAUCGAUUUGUCGCCUUCGUGGCAUUGUUCGCGAUGGAAACGAUUUUUAUAGCAUGCUGUUCACGUGGAUUGAAAAGAAAGCCGUGUUAUCAAAGGGCCUAGCAGCGAAGAGUUCUACCCUGCGAAAGCAACGCUGGGCGAAUCAGAUCGGUCGGUCGGUGGAAUAUCUCCACCAACGAGCCAUCGUCUGGGGCGAUGUCAAAGCCGAGAAUGUCCUGAUCGACAGGAACGACGACGCCUGGGUUAUCGACUUUGGAGGCAGCUAUACUCCUCCAGGCUGGGUGGACGCGGAGAAGGCUGGGACUGUGGAAGGCGACAUGCAGGGCUUGGCAAAGAUACUGGAUCUCCUAAGAAGCUAG